AUGACAGCGGCACUCGCACAGGCUACGAACAAUGAAUAUCGGCAUCAUAAUGAAUUAUGCCUUUUUAUCAAUUUAAGAACGUUUCACUUUCGAUUUUUUUUAUUUCUGACUAUGCUGAUAUUUUAUACUCACGCAUCCGAUCAAUUAUCUGCUUUAAAAAAUUAUACACGUGAACGUGUUAAACCAUCCUUAUCGUCGACAAAAAUUUUAGAUGAAAAAAAGAAAUUAUCAUCUACGUAUCGUGAAUAUGUGGAACUACCAUUGCAACAAGUGGUUGAAGAUGAAGCGGAUCAUCACAAUGAAAAAAAUCAACAACAACAAUCACUAUCAUCCGUCUUAGUUUUCACAUCAUUAACAGGAAUUUAUGUUUGGUGGCCAAUGUUAUUCGGUGGAGAUGAUACAUUUCAUUUAAUAUUCACGCAAGAUGAUGUUCCUCGUUUUCACGACGUAAUUGGUGAUGAAUUGGGUAAUAUCUAUUUAACAGCGCCACAUGAACGUACUGUAUAUCGUUUACAAUACACUGACGGUUGGUGGCGAAUAAAUGAUUCAUUAAAUCACCAAAUUAAUUCAAUACGCAGUGAAAUGCCAUUAUUUUUAAAUAUUCAUUACAUAUCGUCAUUGUUAUAUGUCUAUGGACAUAGAGAUAUUCAAAUAAUUGAUCUUUUAGAAAGACGUUCAAGAGGUUCAGCACCAUUUAUGAAACGUCUUAGAGAAUUGAGUCCAAAUUUACGAAUAACAGAUUUAAUUAUCGAUCAAAUUAAAUCAGAUGGUUACAUCAUCGGUGAUUCAUAUGGAUGGUGUACAAUUAUUCGUUGCUUGUUAACUAUAAACGAGUGUACAUUUUUAUAUAAGAUACCAUCAUCUUAUGACAAUCGACCGUAUUCAUGUAGUGCAACAAUUGAUUUUAAAAAAAAAUUAAUGUAUUUAAGUUUAGAAGAGAAAAUAUUAAUAAUCUAUUUAAAUGAACAAACGAAUUAUGAUCGACGAAUAUUAUUAACAGAUAAAAAUGGGCCACGUUCAACUUUGGGCUAUGAUGAUAUAUGUUUUAAUGAUAAUUAUUUAUUUUAUACCGAUGUUUUAAGAGCAUUGUUACAUAUUUGUUCGUUAAACGAAACAACUGGAUGUUUGAAUAUUUCUCUUACAAUAUUACCAUUGAGAAUGAAUAUUGUUCAUGUCAAAAAUCUAAAACCUCCACCAGAAGAACAAGUAAUUGAAAUACAUGUUAAUCAAACAACGACACCAUUGUUAACAACAAUAACAUUAAGUGAUCAAACAAUAAUGAAUGAUACAACAACACAAUCACAAAGAAUGCCAUGUCCAAUAGAUAAAAGUAAUUUGAAAAUGGUUAUUGGUUUUCUAAUUGGAAUUCUUGUAAGCGUCAUCGGUAUUGGGAUAUAUAUAAGUAUUAUAAAAAUAAUGAAAAAAUCAGGAAAAGAACGAACGACUAUAGGUAAACUAGUUUCAGGCAUCAACGGAAAUAAUGGAAGUAAUUUUUCAAGACAGCCGUUGGAAAAUCCGACAGACAAAUUGAUACCAUCUAGUGACUCAAGUGACUCUAGUUCAUCCUAUAAGCCUGAUACGAUAUUAUAA